AUGCGGUUGAAUCCAUGGUUGGCGGUGUCCUUCGCUGCCAUCCUGACCACCCCCCCCGCUAUCGUCGCCCAGGCCGCCGAACUCGUACCAUUCGAUGCGACUCCCCUCGAUACCGGGUUGAACCACCAGGGCCUCGGCGAACCGCAGCUGGCGCCAUCAUACGGAGACGACCUUGGCGAGCGCAGUGACGAUGCCUUUCCAUCAUAUGAACCCGAUAUCGGCCCGUUUGGGCGCAGCAUCGUCGGAAGAGCAGCCGUCAGCGGCGUCCCCAUCCGGUUGGAGCAACCGUCACCGCAGAAUAUCCAGCCCAAUGGGUCGACGUGCCUGGUGGUGUUGAAAGACACAAUAUUCGGGACGAGCUCCUCCUCAUCCAGCCGGAGACGCGACGUGCAGGAUGGGGGCAAGCAUGAAGAUCAUGAGCGCCGAGCCACGAACAAGACCAUAUACCUGUCAUCGACGACAUGUCUGAUGCCCGGUCUAACAGACGUCAACGGAAAGAGCAAGCAGGCACCACAGCUGCAGCUGCUGGCGUCGACGUCGGAGAGCACGGGGUGCCCGACGAGUACCAACGACGUCGACGACGACAUGUGGGUGUCAUUCGACGAGGGUAUGGCGACGCUGUCAUUUAACGUGUCGGACAGCCCCGUCUACAUCAGCGUGUUGGCACCCAAUACGAGCGGGCAGUUCUCGGACAUUUACAACGUGGAGGUGGCGGCGUCGACCGACUCGUACUACCACUCGUACGACGAGAACAGCGACAGCGACAAGGCGGUGCUCUGGAUGGACAGCGACUCGAGCGCCGCCCUGCUUGUGUCGCGGAAUCUGACACUCGACCCCAGCAAAACCCAGGAGAUUAUGAACCAGUCGGCCCCCUACGAGCUCUAUGUCGAGAAUGACGCCUACCCUUCCCUGAAGGGCAUGCGGCGCUCCCUCUGCGCCAUGCAGGGCCAGGCCCUCAUCUCGGCUAACAGGGCCAACACGGGCCGGCAGAAUCAGCUCGUCCACACUACCAUGACGACGCGUGGGACCGGCGGCUUCCCCAAACAGCAAUUCUACUUUGAGGGCCUCAACCGCACGUCCGUCUACACUGCUAUUCUCGUCCAGGUGUCCAACUCCAGCGGCUCCGUCUCUGGCUUUGAUGAGCGGCAGACAAGUGAUGCGAAUCGUCGGUACACGGUCUUUUCACCCAUCCAAUUCCGUACUCUUUCCGGCACGACAUGCAAGAUCAUCACCGACCUCGACUUCUGCACGGACACGCAGUACGCGGUUCCCGGCGGCGGCGACAAGGUCAACGGGUCAGCGCUGGCCACGCUGUACGACAACUACGCGCGGGACAUGUACGGCAACUUUGAAAAGGCCAUGAUGCAGGUGGCCUGCGAGACGGACGCGACGUCGCGGUACUCGCUUGCCCGCGGGUGCGACGACUGCAAGGAGGCCUACAAGCGGUGGCUGUGCAACGUGGCCAUCCCCCGGUGCGAGGACUACACGAGCAGCAACGAGUUUGCCUAUGAGCGCAACGUCGGGCAGCCCUUUCCCAACGGCACCCUGCUCCCGGAGAGCGAGCGCGAGGCCCUGUCCAAGACGCCCGGCCACAACUCGUCGCGCAACGCCUUCAUCGACAGCGCCGUCUCGCCGGGCCCCUACAAGGAGAUCCUGCCCUGCGAGGAGCUGUGCUACGAGGUCGUCCAGAGCUGCCCGGCCGUGCUGGGCCUCGGCUGCCCCCGCCCCGGCAUGGUUGGCUUCGAAGCCAGCUAUGGUCAGCGUCUGGAUGACAACUCGCUCGUCACGUGCAACUACCCCGGUCAGCCGAGGACAAAGGUAGCCGGUGCCGUCACGCUGGUGCCAUCUCUCGUCACCACGAUUUUGAGUGUUUCCGUGGCAGUUUUCGCCCUGGUAUAA